UGAGCUGCGUGCGUGCGCGCGCAUAGCGGUUGUAAUGGAGGAUCUCGAGAAACUAUCUCGAGUCUUAGCUAGCAGGCAGCCUUUUCCCCGUUAUUUGCCAUCCGGUAGUUUUGAUUGAUCGUAGAUUGUUUGUAUCGCAGGCCACGGACUCCGGUUCGAUCGAGAGCAAGUGGAACUCCCACUCAGCUUAAGAAUGGCGUCCGACGUGGUUUCUCCAAACCAUGGUUCCAAGGGCAUCAUGACUUUUUACCCCACUGCUGAGGAGUUCAAGAACUUCAACCGUUACAUUGCCUAUAUAGAGUCCAAGGGAGCUCACAAAGCAGGAUUGGCCAAAAUUGUUCCACCCAAGGAGUGGAGGCCUCGCAGGUCGUAUGACGACAUUGACGAUCUGGUGAUCCCAGCACCAAUCCAGCAGGUGGUGACAGGCCAAUCGGGUCUUUUCACCCAAUACAACAUACAGAAGAGGUCCAUGACCGUUCGAGAGUUUCGAAAAAUCGCCAACAGUGACAAGUUUUGCAGUCCUCGUUACGAUGACUUUGACGAACUGGAAAGAAAAUACUGGAAGAAUGUUACAUUCAACCCUCCCAUAUACGGAGCGGAUGUGAAUGGAUCGCUAUAUGAUCCUAAUAUCAAAGAAUGGAAUAUUUGCCAUUUGGGCACCAUCUUGGAUACUGUAGAACAUGAGAGCGGCAUCACCAUUGAGGGUGUCAAUACCCCCUAUUUGUAUUUUGGGAUGUGGAAGACCACUUUUGCAUGGCACACUGAGGACAUGGACCUUUACAGCAUCAAUUACUUGCAUUUUGGAGAGCCAAAGUCAUGGUAUUGUGUUUCUCCAGAACACGGCAAAAGAUUAGAACGCCUGGCUAAAGGUUUUUUCCCCGGUAGCUCCCAGAACUGUGAGGCCUUCUUACGGCAUAAGAUGACUCUCAUCUCCCCUUCAAUACUAAAGAAAUAUGGAAUACCAUUUGAGAAGAUUACCCAGGAGGCCGGGGAGUUCAUGAUCACCUUCCCGUAUGCCUAUCACGCUGGCUUCAACCAUGGCUUCAACUGUGCCGAGUCCACCAACUUCGCCACAGAGAGAUGGAUUGAGUACGGCAAGCAGGCGGUGUUGUGCUCCUGCCGUAAGGACAUGGUGAAGAUCUCCAUGGACGUGUUUGUUAAGAAGUUCCAGCCAGAUCGCUAUGAGCAGUGGCUGGCAGGGCGAGAUGUGACUUCGAUCGACCACUCGCAGCCCACGCCGGAGGCACAGGAGUUUCUGGGCGAGUCUUUUUGUGACGUCAGUCAAAGCCGCAGCUGUAGCUCCAGCAACAGAUAUGGGGAGGACGGAGAGAAGCGAAGCACUCACAGGAUCGAGACGAAGCGACACCGGGUGUGUCUGGAGGUGCCCAGUGAGGUUGCUCUGAAGGAUGAAGAUGAUCCUGAGCAGUAUGGAAAGCGGCCACGGCUCAGCCUCAUACCCCCCCGACCUGCCAUUCACGACGGCAAGAAGAAUAAAGGCCCGCCAAAGUUGGUCGUCACGCCGACCAAGCUCACUUUAAUGGAUCCGUUUCACAGAACCUUAACGCAGAGUACCUGUGAGGGCUGCUGUGCUCCCCAUUACUCCAAGACCCGCGCGCCCACAAUAUUGGGCCAGUCAAACUCCAGAAACGGACAUUUGGCGGUUUCAGUGGCUCCAACUAGGACAACCGGCGCCGCCCCAGCCGUCCGGAAAAUGGGCGUGGCCAGCUUGCUCUUUCACAGGACACUAAGUCCAAAAGACACGCUUCAAGUGCACAGCUACACUUUGGAGGGCCAGCGACGGCCUCCCACGCAGCUGCAGGUCCACAGCUACGCCAGGGAGCACCAGCCGCGCCACUUCCAGCAUAAAGCCUGCACACAAGCACAGGUCCAGCAAGUAUCUGCAGCCCCCAGCGCUGAGGCGAUGGAGGCGCAGCCAGAAGCCACCAGGAUGCCGGCAGCCGCAGCUCAACAUGAAUCGGAGACACCGAGUCCUUUGGUGCAGAAAUGGAGCGAAGCAGCUGAAGAGGACAUACCUGCAGCUGAGCUCCCAUGCAAACCUGAACCCCCAACCACGCAGACACAACUUACUAAAAUACCCGUCUGCAAAGCUUACAAUCAGCAGCAGGUGUCAGAGGAACAGACUUACUGCAAGUCCAUGGCAAAGAAGCAGCAGGAGGGGACUCUGCUCUGUAAGCUGCCGCGGCACCAUCCUCUGUUCAGAGAGGACAUCGAUGAAGAAGUGGAUGUGGAUCUAGUGGCUGAACCAGAAGAGAAGGAGGAGUGGGCCAAGCCUCUCGUUCAGCUGUGGCAAAGCCGACUAUUUAAUCCCCAGGCAGAAAAGGAGUACAACAAACAAGUCGGUCUGCAGGCUCCGUACUGUUCCAUCUGCCUGCUGUUUCACACAUACCAUCAGUCGGAGUCCGGUAACGGUGCGGUCCUUGUGAAGCGGUCAAGGGGGCGUCAGUGGUCCAAGCCGCUUAUUCCUGAGAUGUGCUUCAACACCCAUUCCAACAAAUGCAGCGAUGGCGGGCAGGGACAGCUGUCCAACCCCAACGUAGAGGAGGAUGGAACCAGCCGGCUGGUCAGCUGUGCUCAGUGCUGCGUCCGCGUGCACACAAGUUGCUAUGGUGUAUCUGCUGAUGAAGAGGACUUGGAUGAUUGGCGCUGUGCUCGCUGUGAGGCCAACGCCCUCACUGAGGACUGCUGCCUGUGUUCUCUGAGAGGCGGAGCUCUGCAGAGGGCGAACAACGACAAGUGGGUUCAUGUGCUGUGUGCCAUCACCGUGCUGGAAGCUCGCUUUGUCAACAUCACCCGGCGAACCCCCAUCGACCUCUCUGCCAUCCCGCUGCCCCGCUUCAGGCUGAAGUGCGCAUACUGCAGGAAGCGGAUGAGGAGGGAGGUGAAGGGCUGCUGCGUCCAGUGCUCCCACGGCCGAUGCUCCACAGCCUUCCACCCUACCUGCGCUCAGGCGGCCGGCGUCCUCAUGCACCCGGACGACUGGCCCUUCGUCGUCUUCAUCACCUGUCACCGACACAGAGCGCCCGUCAUGCCCGAGCGUGACAAAACCUCCUUGAAGGAGGUCACCGCGGGCCAGAAGGUGAUCUGCAAGCACAAAAACGGCCGCUACUACCACAGCGACGUGGUGGAGCUGACGACGGCCACCUUCUACGAGGUGGUGUUCGACGACGGCUCGUACAGCAACAACCUGUUCCCCGAGGACAUCGAGAACCGCGACUGCAUCCGCCUCGGCCCACCUCAUAAGGGCGAGGCCGUCCAGGUGCGCUGGACCGACGGACUCAUCUACGGAGCCAAGUUCGUCGCGUCACACUCCAUCCCCAUGUACCUGGUGGAGUUUGAGGACGGAUCCCAAAUCACAGUGAAGAGAGAAGACAUCUACAGUCUAGACGAGAAUUUACCCAAAAGAGUCAAGUCCCGCAUGUCGGUGGCGUCGGACAUGCGCUUUGAGCUCUUCAACCAGAAGGAGGUCAAGCAGAACGCCAAGAGGCAGCGGGUCAUCAACUCCAAAUACAGAGAGGACUACAUCGAGCCUGUCGUCUACAGAGCCAUCAUGGAAUAAAAAAAAAAACCUCAAGUCAUCCCCAUCCGCCAACUCCUCCAGCAGCUCCAAAGAGCUCCAGGGCUUGUUUUCUGCAGACUCCUCGGGAAGCAGCUCCUGUUCUUCCAGGGCCUCUCAGGCUGCUCAUUUGAAAAACGACGGCUGGGAUUCAUCAUGACUCCUGCGUGAAACACUUUGAUAGAACUCCAUCAUGCUCUCUCCCCUUUAGUUCAUCAAUUACCAAUUCUCAGGAAGAAGCCAUCAAGCUAAAGAAGCUAAAGUUUGGAUGGAAAAUGUUGUUGGUUUCCUCAUCAACUGACUUUUCUUCUAAGUUAUUCAUUUGGAUGGAGCUUUGCUUGCAAUUGUAUUUGUUCAACCUCUCCGUUUCUUUAUCAGUCAGUGAGAUCGUCCCCCUGAGCUUUAAACAGCUGAGAAGUUAUAGGAUCGGAAGGCUCAGCCUUACAGUACCAAGGGCCAAUAAUGCCUCUGUUCUCUAUGUAAAUAUUAACUUAUGCAAAGCUGUUUUUGCCACGCCCUUUCCUUCACCCUGUAGAAACCCUCAGAAAUCUUUAUAUUUAUUAAAUGGAAAAGUUCCCGUUUGGAUGGAAAGCGAGUUGAGGAUGUCUCUUUCAGCAGAAGCACUUAUUGUUUGAUAGACACGUCUUUUUGCAGCUUUAUGUUGUGUGUUCAGGUCCGACUUCCAUUCCCCUCCUGGUAGGGCGAGGUUGCUUGCAUCUGUGUAGGAUAAGGUGAGCCGACACCGUUUUCAGCUUUCAUAUUUUUGUGACUACUGUUCUCGUCUCUGGAUAUUUUUUUUUUAGCCCACGGCUUUAAAACUGUCCACUCUUUGUAAAGUGAGUAAAGUUUCAGCUAAGAAAAAAAAAAUGAAUCGGUUCGUGUAAUUCAUGUUCUGGAACAACAUAGGCAGCAACUUGAUGAGCAAAGUUUUAAAAACACUUCCAAAAAAAAAAAAAUUGUUUUCAAAAUGGCA